GACGCUCAAAGCACUUAAAUAAACAGCCGGCUUGUUUUCCUCUUUCUACUUUUAGACUAUCCCUUCUUGCAAAAACAAAGACUUAUGGCCUGCCUGAUGAGACCUUCCAUGGAAGAAGUAAUCUGUCUCAGUUUGUCUGUCAGGAAGACCUACCGCUUCUGUGUCCAGGGUGGUUUUUGUAACAUUCAUUAUGAGCCGUGGCCGUCUGUUGUCUGCUAAUAUAUAAUUCUCUUCACGAGGAGAUGAAUCCAAAAGAAUCUUCAUUUGUAUAAAAACAGCAAACCUUCUUAUUCGCACUUCCCUACCCCUGUGAAUAUACUCAAUCACAAGGACAACAUGCCUGUUUUCCUACUGAAGCUGACCUUGCCAUUAGUGGUCAGGCAGGUGGUUCUCUUGGAUGGACCCGAUAGUUCCCAAGGGGAUCUUGUCCAUUACCACCAUGACCAAGACCAAGAGCUCCUCGGUAAGAAUUGCUAUUCGCACCUACCCGGGCUCUUCGUCGGCGGACCCUAUGGCGCAGAACAUGAGCGCGUGACGCAGGCACUGAUGGAAGCUUUGCUGCCAGGAUCAGGAGAUGGACCGGAAAAAUCCUGCGCGCGGUCUGGAUCUUCGACUUGGUCUACUCUGCUUCAAGGAGCGACGCUGGAGAAGAUUGAAGGCUGCAUUUCAAUGAUGCCACGAAGAUCCAGGACUACGCCGAGCGCGGGUUUUUCCUCGAGCCUGUCUGCAGUUGCACUUCCGCAGGACAAAAGCUUCAACGAUUCACUUCCCGACGCUGCUGCACGGCCCGCCUCUGCACCUUGCUGA